AUGGCUUCGCCUUCGCCGCUGAGUAGUGCGAGUCGCCUCAGGGCCCUAAAUCCCAAGCACUACAUCCUGUUGGCUCUGACGGCGACCCUGGCCGUGGCUGUCGUCGUCACCGUCUUCUUCAUCGUGAUGAGCCCCGCGCGCAUCCACUUCUCCGUCACCAACGCGAGUAGCCACCGCCUGCAGUCGUAUGCUGGCGACGGCGGCGUUCUCCUCAACCUCACCCUCGCCUCCAACAACACCAGCCGGCGGGCGGCGGUGAGGUACCAGAGCAUGUUCGUCGACGUGAGCAACAACACGGGCCCCCAGUGGGUGUACUGGAUCAGGGCCAACGUGACGCCGACGACAGGCGUGCUGGCGCAGUGGCAGCCGCGCGCGAGCGUGGCCACGGUCACCGCGACGGUGCUGGUGGGGGCCGGCUCGACCAAGGCCUUCACCGGCAACAUGACUAGCCAUAGGUUCUCCGUGAAGGUCACCGCCGUGGCGCGGUUCAAGGUCGGCAUCGCCAGGACGCGGCUGUACGACAUCAUGGUGGUCUGCAGGCCCAUCGAUUUCUUCCCGCGAGACAGCUGCAGCCGGGCUAGCGCCGCCGCCUCAGCUGCCCAGCCGGUCGCUUAUUGCGUCUAG